AUGUUAGCAUUCUAUAUUCUUCAGCCUCAAGUUAUGUGCUACGUCACAAACUUGCGUUUUUCACUCCUUCUAGAAUCUAGUCCAGAGGGAUUCCCUCGUUUGUUCCUUCCUUGCUUCCCCAUUCCUCUCAUUCUUCAUUCUUUUCAUUGGCAUACCCUCGCAGAUAACUCGGGCGUCAAUGUCAAUUAUUUUUUACGCUGCAAACUUCCGAUGUAUUUGAUGCUGCAUGAUAAGACAAGAAUUUCUCGUACCCCGCCACGGAAGAAAAUAAAGAAAUCAAGACUGCAUGCACAAAGCUCAAAAUUUCGUAAAAACCGAUUUCGGCAGGAGCAUCUGCAGCAUGAGUUUCAUCUCUUUGUAGCUGAAAAAAAAAUGCCAACACCUGAAAGGAAUACUUGCCAUAUGAGAGCCAAAUAA